AUGGCUGAUCGCCUCUGUCGCUGCGGCUGCGGUACCCACGCCGCAAGCUCGAGCCGCUUCCAGUCGCCCGGCGGCUCUCACAUUUCUCUCGCCACCUCGGUCUCCUCACUGCAACCCAACAUCGCUCGGCCCUUGUCAGCUCCUGCUCAGCCCACCCGUCCGCGUCGUCGCGCAGCUUCGCCAUACCUGCAACCGAUGCUCCUUCCUGACGCGAGCGAUCCUCAACACGAAGCUCCCACCAUGAUGCCUGUCGCUCAGCCUUCGUCGCGCCGCACAAGGCGCCAUCGUCUACACGCCCAUAACAGCAGUGGCUUCUUGCUGCUCUUCCUCUCGCUAUGCGCCCUCAUCGGAGCGACCGUCGCCAGCUCUGCCAUCCCGUCUAUGACACCGUCACCUGCGCUCCCCACUCCCAAAGCAAUCCACACCCAGCCAAGUCCAGCUGCACCGACGCCCAUUCCAACAUCGACCGGCGCAAAUCGAGUUUACCAGCAGCUGGCGGCCGAGGCAUCGUCCUCCUCCGCGCCACCGAAUCACAACGUCGACGUCCAGGUGGCACAGCCAGUCGAGUGCGACUUCAUGAACAUCACCUUUGAUCCCAGCAGAGGCACCCCGCCCUACACGGUCAUGAUCAGCAUCGAAGACUACUGGCCUGUCACCGUCAGCCUGCCUGCCACCUACGACGACGCUUCCAAGGACCUAUGGCUCUACCAGUACCCCGUCCCCUCCUUCACCGGCCCCACCAAGAACCCUUCGCUCAUCGUCACCGUCACAGACUCGUCCGGUCUCAUGGCAAACUCUUCCGCAUUCGUCCAGGUCAGCAGCGCCGCGACCGGUGCAUCCUGCGCGCCCUUGGACUACCCCGGCUCCUUCUUCUUCUAUACCCAAGGUGCCGCGUCCAUGUGCCAAGACUAUAGCAUCUUCUGGAACGGCAGCUACGCUCCCCCGGUCACCGCCGUCUUCCUCCCUGAAUUGGCACCGCCAAUCUACGUGCCUGCGCCCAGUCUGACCAGUUCAAACAUGUCCUGGGAGGUGGCCAUGCAGGGCGGCACCCGGUUCGUCAUGACCCUGGGCGACAGCCGAGCCGUUGGCGGUAGCGGUGGCGUCUCCAAGCUCAACAUCGUAGCUCUUAACGAGUACUACACCGACGCAUGCAUCGCGCAAGCCAACUAUCAGCACCGCGUCUUUGCUCCUGCCUCCACCGCUCCUCCCGCCUCGAUCUUCCCUGACGCCACCUCGACGCUCGCCUCACUCACCACCAGCGGCGGCAUCGUCGCCACCGUGACCGUCAUCGAGACCAUCAAGAACGGUCGCACCGUCCACGGCAAAGGAGGCGGCGGGUUAUCUUCGAUCGGAUUCCUCAUCGCCAUGAUCGUCGUGUUUGUCACCUUUGGCUUGAUGGGCGUCGCGCUCGGUUGGUUCUGCUACCGCCGACGUCAGAAGCGAAAGCACAACAUCAAGGCCUGGGACCUACCGAACUCCGAUCCUUCGGUCCCCUUCAAUGCCGAUCCCAACAUGCCCAUCGCUCCCGGCGUCUUUGGCCGCUCCGUCACUCGACAGGCCAGUACCAACACGCGUAACGCCGCGGAUCGAGCCAGCCUGUCCGGAGUGAGCAAUUACGACCCGGUCUCCCUGUCGUCGCGGCCUCUCGGGCACGCGCCCUCGACACGUGCGUCUUUACGAAGUUGGACAUCGAGCGCCUUUGAUCACUUGCAGAUCGCCACAGGAGCACCGCAGACUGGUGCUCACCAGCCCGGACACACUGGCGACUAUGCACUCAUGGACGCUGGAAGUUAUGCCGCCGACGCACAUGCAUAUUCGCGUGGCGGCCAUCAUGCACGCUCGCCCACGUCUGGCACGCUCUCCAAUAGCUCACGUGACGCAUGGUCUCCCACCGACUCUGUCCCACGCACCUUUGGCUUCUAUUCGGACGACCCGCAGACGCCGAAUCAUCUGCACAGCCGGACUGGCAGUCCACCGUCGGUCUCGCGUUCCACAAGCACGGACGGGACGUCGUCCAAGUCGACGCGCGUCGGUGCCGGGCCCACGUACCGCCCGGACGCUGCUUCGCAAGCUGCCUACCAUGAUUUGCUGGCCAGCAACACCACUCGCAUGAACUCGGUACGCAAUGUCGCUGGCGCACGGACGCAGGGAUGGGCUGAUCUUUCCGGCGAGCAGCGCGAUGGCAGGCUGGCGGUCUCGGAACAGUCGACGCGCAUCGUGCGCCAUUCCGACGCCGGUCUUCUGCUGGACGACAACGACAAUGGCGACGAGCUGAUCAACCUGCGCGAGGGACGAGUGAUGGAGCUUCCGCCUCAGUACGAUACCAUCCAUCCCUCGACGGGAUCGCAUCAGCGACCGCUGUACGAGCAAGCAGCUCAGUCGUAUAACGGGCAGCAGGGCGGCCGACCGCGACAGCACAUGCGUGCACUCGACUCGGUCGAUAUUUCCGACGCCGGCAGUCGGCCCGCUGAAGUGCAUGCGGCCGAUCUGGUCGACGAGAACGAUGACGAGUCGGCGUUCUGGGCUCACUGA